AUGUGCUCCCCUUCUCCAGGCUCCUGGGGUUGGACCAAACAAAAUGAAAUGUGGGAACCCGUUUGGUCAAAACUGGCUUCCACAUGGACAGCAUGCAGGGAGUUGGAAAAGUGUGGCUGCAAGUCUGGCUGUGAUUCCCAAUGUUGUUCAUGUCGACGCAUAGGUUUACCUUGCACACUUCAGUGCAAAUGCAAUGAUGCAUGUUUAAACAAGAGUGAAAAUCAUGAAGACCCUUCAGAAUGAGAUCACGAAAAAUUACUAGACUGAGGGUCUCCAUAUUCUAGGUACUUUUUAACGACCCUGUACACUAAUUUUUAAUAAACUCUCAACAG